CCUAUCCACCACAUCACAUCGAGAGACAAGACACUGUGACAUCUCUACAAAGACAAAUCUGCAGCGGGGUAAGAUUAUUUGACCAGGCCUUGUCCACACAACUCUCUCACCCUACCUUUUUACCUACCUACCUUGCCUUUACCUACGGAUACCUUCCCACAGUACCUCUAAUGCGUACCCAUUGCACCCGUCACCUCACUUUAUUACCCUUAGCUUAACCAUCGCACGUUUGCGACUUUUCCUUCUCCUCCUCCUCCUCCUCCUUCUCCAGCCUUACAGCCGCCUCAUCACCUUCUUUCACUCUUACUCUCACUCUCACACUCUCUCCGCCCCCUCCUUUCACCUGGACGUUAUUCACCAGAAUAUCGAGGGUCGAUUUACCUCAACCUCAUACCGACCUGACCUGACCUGACCUAACCCCAUACUUCCUCGACAGUCACUUAGCAUAUUCUCGCUUCGUCGCAAGUCUCUGGUACGUAUACUUUGCUUUGGAGUCUUUGUCCUCCUGUCUUGACCUGUGUAUUUGCAUUCCAUCCCCCGUCAACCCUCCGGCACCCUGAGAUCGUCGUCGCCGCAAUCCUCGGCGACCUCAUUGCCCGUUCCUUGCCUUUCUUACCCUCUCGCAAUUCAACUUUCCCUGGCCGUCCUUCCUUCUGUCCCGUUCGCCUCGCUUCCCCUUCACCCUCACACCCCGAAGAUCAUACCGGCAGACACAUCUACCUAGGUGGGCCAACUCCAAGCGAGAAUCACGGAGCCAGAUAGAGAGAAAGAGGGGAAGGAUACACCCAAGCGGCAGCAGCUAUAUCUCUAUCUCUCGGCCCCGGCCCAGGAGUAGGAGUUCGUGAAGCUCAACCGCGUUGUUCUCUUCCGGGCCCGCCUACCUCGUGGUACCUAUCUUGUCCCUCGUUUGCGCAUCUUAGACGUAUCUCGUCUGAAGUCCCGUCGCAGUCGCAGGGGGUGCUCGGUUCAUCGCCCGUUCCCCUUACCUUUUGCCUCGUUUCGUUGCGUCGCGACCCGCAACCCGCUUGCCCUCACCUCACCUCACCUCACCUUCCAAGCCACGCAGGCUCCCUUUUUCUUCUGUGCUUCGCGCUGUGCUAUCGCUAUCUUCUGGAAGCUUGUCUGCGCUGCAUCUAGGCUGUCGCACCAAACUCUUCCGGAAGAUCGAUUGCUUUUCGAGAAGCCACAGAAGAAGGCAAAGAGAAUAGGUUCGGACACCCGCUACAUCUGCCUGUCUGCGCUUGCUCCCCUCUAUUCUCUGGAUGCUCUGAGUCCAGCCUGGCUAGCACCUGAUUUCAGUUCCUGGGUCCAGCGCUCCUUUAUCCGUACCCGACCAACGACCCAGCUGGUUCCAUUCUGGUUCAGGACCCUCCCCUCCCCAGUGCCUCUUCACCUUGCUUAACCUUGUGCCUUCCGGGAUACCUGCCUGUUUUGUCACUUGACCCGUUGGAGCUCCUUCCAGCUAACACGAUUCAGCUAACACCAGUUCUCAGCCUGCAGUUCCCGCCUAAAGCAGUCAGUCCUCUCUCACGGACACUUGCAAGCCAUCACACUGCACCCUAUCCUCAACCGACAAAUUACCUGCGUACCGUACCUUCCUCAAACACAUCUUUGCUAUCUAGCAAAGACCACACAAUACACACGCAACAACAAGAACAACAACAACCACUUUGUGGUACUAGACGACAGAAAAGAACAAGAAGAAAAAGAACGAAAAAAAAGUGACCGACAUCCGAGACGUAGGCAAGAAAUCCAAACACGAUCCCGGCCUGUGACAAGCGGACCUCACCCAGCACCCAAGGCCCGAGCGGAUCAAAGAAACACGGCCCUCGCCCACUUUCGAACCUCCGACGACACUCGUCCCCUUCCACCCUCCCGUCCGCAUCUCUCUGUCCCAUCCUUCCCCCCUCUCGAGAUACUCUACAGCCGAUCCGCCUGUUGUCUGUUCAUUGACUGGACCGACCUGGUUGCGUGUUCUUUCUUCCAAUCCAACCAAAGAACAAAGUACGGCCGGUUUGCGACCUCAAGCUUUGUGUGUGUGUCUGCGACGCCCAUCUUUUUUUUUUUUUUUUGACAGCCGCCGUCGGUCGAUCCCACCCUUCCUUUCGACAAGUCACAAACGGCCUGCCCGCCAAUAAUUAUACCCCCCGCAGAACCAAAUACCGGAAUCCUUUCGCCUCCUUCCUGAACCACCGCGCAAACCAGCAAUUGUGGUUCUGCAAGACGGCCUUAUUAGGACGACUUAAUUCUCUCCUCAUCCCCCCCCCCCCCCUUUUUUCUUCUCCGCCCAAGGUUGCAUCUCGUUCGCGAGGACCCGCCUGUGUGGUAUUACUCCGUCGGCCAACUGCUCCGGCAACUUCCUCUCCACAUCGACACCAUCGUCGCACAUCGCUCACAAUGUCGCGCGCGAAUCCCCCCAACGCUUCGGGCUCCCGAAAGAUCUCGUUCAACGUCAGCGAGCAGUAUGACAUUCAGGAUGUCGUCGGCGAGGGUGCAUACGGAGUUGUCUGCUCGGCGAUACACAAGCCUUCUGGCCAGAAGGUCGCCAUCAAGAAGAUCACACCCUUCGAUCACUCCAUGUUCUGUCUGAGAACUCUGCGUGAGAUGAAGCUUCUUAGAUACUUCAACCAUGAGAACAUCAUCUCCAUCCUCGACAUCCAGAAACCCCGCAGCUAUGAGACAUUCAACGAGGUUUACCUCAUCCAGGAGCUCAUGGAGACGGACAUGCACCGUGUCAUUCGAACCCAAGACCUGUCCGACGACCACUGCCAAUACUUCAUCUACCAAACCCUUCGCGCUCUCAAGGCUAUGCACUCGGCCAAUGUCCUUCACCGUGACUUGAAGCCCUCCAACUUGCUUCUGAACGCCAACUGCGAUCUGAAAGUCUGUGACUUUGGUCUGGCGCGUUCCGCUGCAUCCCAGGAGGAUAACUCGGGUUUCAUGACGGAAUACGUGGCGACCCGUUGGUACCGUGCUCCCGAGAUCAUGUUGACGUUCAAGGAGUACACCAAGGCCAUUGACGUGUGGUCUGUUGGCUGUAUUCUGGCCGAGAUGCUGAGCGGAAAGCCUCUGUUCCCGGGCAAGGACUACCACCAUCAGCUCACUCUGAUUUUGGAUGUUCUUGGUACCCCGACGAUGGAGGACUACUAUGGCAUCAAGUCCCGCCGUGCGAGAGAGUACAUUCGCUCGCUUCCCUUCAAGAAGAAGGUUCCUUUCCGCACCCUGUUCCCCAAGACGUCCGACCUGGCUCUCGACCUCCUCGAGAAGCUCCUUGCUUUCAACCCUGUCAAGCGCAUCACCGUAGAGGACGCACUUAAGCACCCUUACCUCGAACCGUACCACGACCCGGAUGAUGAGCCUACUGCGCCUCCCAUUCCCGAGGAGUUCUUCGACUUCGACAAGCACAAGGACAACCUGAGCAAGGAGCAACUGAAGCAGUUGAUCUACCAGGAGAUCAUGCGGUGAGCAAUGAUACAGGGUUUUCAGGCAAGAACAGAAGCAAGCGAGAGAGGAAAACGCGAUCCACAGCAAGUGCAUGAUGUGGGCCAGAGAGACAUGAUCCUGCGGGACGAUGACAAUGAGAAAAUCACAGCGUGGCUGCUGAGCCUGAGGGUGGGGGAAACGAUUAUAGACAAACCAUACGGGACGGAUAGGAGAGUCAAGGCCGUGCAGCCCGUGGUGAUUAGGGGAUACAAAGGAACAUAUGUGAGGCGAAUCAAUUUCGACUAGAAUCAGUCGAGUGAAUGAUGGAUAGGCAAAUACUUUUCUCGUCUAAUUUCCUCUUCUUUUCCGUUGCUUACUUGGCUACUUGACAUUUCGUGAGCCCGUCCGUGUAGAGAUCUCCAAUCGCCCAUUUGUCGACAACGUCACUGAUACAAGCUUGAAGGAACAUGACAACAUUGUAAACCCGC